CUCGGAUCUUCUGGAAGAGCAGCCAGUACUCUUAACUGAUGAGCAUCUCUCCAGCCCAGCCUCCUUUUUUUAAGGUGAAGAUCCUUUCUAAACUCCUGAAAAAUCUGUAAGGUGGUAGUAUGGGAUACGAUCUGCCACAGUCCCAAAGACACCAGACAGAAGGCAAGAAGUGACAUUGAGGCUGACAGUGAAGAUAAUUUAAUGUGAUGGACUGAGCAGUCUCAGUCAGUGCUGAGGAGAAAGGCAGGUUGCUCAGCUGUCCUAGGCUCAUAGGCUUCAGUAAUGUACUCGUGGAGUUGGCCACCAUUGAUCAAGUUGGAGCAGCCUUAUGAACUGAUUGAGACUUUGGAGUAGAAGGUCCUGACUUAAUCUUCAUUAUCGCAUAAACUGAGUGUGGUGGCUCAUACGUCUUGGAAAGUAGAGGCUGUUUCUGAUGCUUGGAAGCUAUUUUCUUAGCCACAAAAAUGGUAAUAAAUCUUUGCCUCCCACAAUUCAGACCAAGAAUUCACUGCAACAAGGUGUCAGCUGAUGGUUAUGAAGUAGAAAAUCUCAUCUCUGAAGACCUCAUAAAGAGAAGCCAUGGCUUUAGGACAGAGUAUUUCAUUAGACCUCCAGUCUAUGUGACAGUUUCCUUUCCCUUCAAUGUGGAAAUCUGUAGGAUUAACAUAGAUCUCACAGCUGGGGGGUGUCAGAGUGUCACCGGCCUGGAAUUAUACACAUCCACCUUAUCUAGCAGAGCCUCUCGGGAUUCGCAGGAGUGCUGGACUGCAGGCCCAAUGGAGACACUGGUCCCAGACAAGGAGGCCUUCACCUUGGUAGGCAAAGUCCUCCUGAAAAAUCAGAACCACGUGGUGUUCACCCACAGGGGCUUCAAGGCCAGGCCACCUUUUAGCCCAAUGGAAGUCACGCUCCUCUCUCCUACUGUGGUAGCCCAGGAACUCUGGAAUAAAGGGGCUCUUUCCCUUAGCCAUGUGGCCCACCUCAAGAUCGGCAUCACCCAUGUGACAGGCAGUGGCAUCUCUAGCAUUAAGCGUUUAGAGGUGUGGGGUCAGCCAGCCAAGACCUGCUCUCAGGAGGUGAUAAAUAGUGUCUUGCUGAUAGCAUCAGAAAGCCUGCCUCAGGACUCAGGUCUGCACAGUAUAGUCUUGCCCAUGGAGAGUGACUGUGACGCUAGGGUCCAGUCUGAGGGCCAGCAGGCUCCCUGUACCUUAGAAGAGAUGUCUGAGGUCCCAGAGGAGUUCCUAGAUCCUAUCACGCUGGAGAUCAUGCCAUGCCCCAUGCUGCUGCCCUCAGGCAAGGUCAUUGACCAGAGCACUCUGGAGAAGUGUAACCUUAGUGAAGCUGCUUGGGGCCGAGUGCCCAGUGACCCUUUCACAGGGUUAGCCUUUACUCCGCAGUCCCAGCCCCUACCUCAUCCUUCCCUGAAAGCCCGGAUUGACCGUUUCCUACUCCAGCACUCUGUCUCUGGCUGCCAGCUGCUUGGGAGAGCACAAACUCCAUCAGCAGUGACCCCUUCAAUCAUUACCCUACCCUCAAGGAAAAGGAAGUCAGGGCAGGCUGAGCACAGCUUGGACUACAGCCAUAGCAUGAAUGCUGCUUCCUCUGCCGCAAGCCCUCUGCUCUCACCCACUACCUCAGAGCCGAUGGCCAAGAAGAUGAGAGCCCCCAGCGAGCUCAGCCUGACAGACAUGGACUGUUCAGCAGGUCCAGUGUCCCAUGAGCAGAAGCUGUCGCAAAGUUUGGAAAUUGCCUUGACUUCCACUCUUGGCUCCAUGCCUUCCUUCACUGCCCGGCUCACCAAGGGGCAGCUCGGCACAAGAGGGAGUAGUGCUUCCAGGAGGCCGGACGCCAGCUCCGAGCAUCCUAGGAGUGUUUCUGGUCCAGAAUGUGCCUCCUGCAAAAGAGCAUUUUCUUCCUACUACACAAAGGAGCCUGUGUACCAGCUGCCCUGCGGCCACCUUCUGUGCCGACCCUGCCUGAGUGAGAAGCAGCGCUCUCAGCCCAUGAUGUGCACAGCCUGCCAGCAGCCAGUCGCUAGCCAGGAUGUGCUGCGGGUCCAUUUUUGAGUGACCAGCUUCAACCAGAGAAGUCCCAUUUUGGGGGAUACCUGCAGGUGGAGGGAACAAGAUCAGGAUCCCAUUGACCCUGUUCUCUCCUGGACUUGAGCACCUCACGGUGUGAUAUGGGGACUGGGUCAGGACAACCCACACUCCUUAGGCAAGAACAGGAUAACAAAGCCAUAGGCUGGUCUGGGGAAGACAUCCAUGUUCUCCCUGGACUACCUCGCCACAUCCAACCAGAGCCAGCCCCAACUGCUGAGAAGCACUCCCCUCAAGCCCUGUGUUAUCUGCAUACAGCCUUCUAAUGGAGCUUUAUGGAUGGAGCUCAGUAGACUGUGACUUGGGAUCUCACACAGCCUUCUCUGCCUCAGGGUCACUCAGAAGUGGACCAUGGUAGGGGCAGUCAAGCAAAUGAGUUAGCCACGUGUACUCUCACACCUGCAGGCACUUGGAGCCUUAAUAAAGUGACCGUUGGCAUUCACCAAGGCUUCCUCCUGACACAGGACAGGGCAGCCAUAUACACUUACUGGCAUUGCUCAGGCAGUGCUUCAGAUCUAUCCAGUAUGGGUGUGUCCGUGCCAGGGGAGGACCAGUAGCUUCCAUCAGGCCAGGUGCCAGAGUGUGUGCUGUUGCUCCUGGAGCCACUCUCUGAGGGAGGAGAUUCCUGUUCACAUGUGGCCCAGUGCAGGAAAAUGUUGUGCAUAGGCAACAUCUUUAACAAAUUCUGACGUGUGUAUGGCACACGUGCGCCGUGCGCCUGCGGCAGUCAGCGCACUCCUUCAGACUAUGUGGCCCCACACCAGCGAUGUGGCAGCCUCCUCUACCUUCUCAACCACCUCAUUGGCUCCCUGGGUGACAUUUUUUUUUCCCUGUUCAAAAUUAAACCUUGUGGAAU